GCUGACGGUGGGAAAGGUGUGGAGUGACAGAUGACACAAAAAUGUGCACGACUGGGAGGCCAGAGAUCAGGACUCCCGGGGCGCUCCCCACUGGCGGGGCUGCCUUGGGGAGGCGACCCGUGACCUGGCCGAGGGGUCGAGCCUGCGUUAUCCCUCAGCCCAAAAUGAGGACGCCGUCCUGGCUGCUCUGCGGAGUGUCCAUCGCUCUUCCACUUCUUGUCCGAGCAGAUACUUGCAAGGACACGGAUAUGCAUCAUGAGGCAGCAUCAGCAGACCAGCCCUUUGCCUUCAAUUGUACAAACCCUCCGCUCACAUAUGGGGAAGUAAAUGUAGUGUGGUACCACCGUGCUGCUAGCAAAGCCCCCAUUUCCAAAGACAAUCAGUCUAGAAUUCACCAGGAACACACCUGGAUUUUGAUUCUUCCCCUGAAACUGGAGGACUCGGGCAUCUACCUAUGUGUUAUAAAGAAUGCCAACAACUGUGUCAGAAUAUGGAUGAACCUAACUGUUUUUGAAAAACAUUGGUGUGAUAAUUCCAGAAGGAGUCUACCCAACUUAUCAGAUGACUACCAACAAAUAUUACGUAUCGGACCCAGUGACAGUCUGACCUGUCAUCUGUACUUUCCAGAGACUUGUGUUUUGGGUCCAAUAAUGUGGUAUAAGGAUUGUAAAGAGAUCACAGAGACACGGUUUGUUCCUGUGGAAAUGAAGCUUGUUGUGUAUGAUGUCUCUGCAGAGGACAGCGGGAGCUAUGCGUGUGCAGCCGAGCUGACACAUGCCAGGAGAGCAUACAGGGUUCUGAACAGCAUCAACGUGAGCAUCGCAGGAAGAGUUGGAAAUGAAAGAAGAAUUCCUAAAAUAAUUUAUCCAAAAAACAAUUCCAUUGAAGUACAACUUGGCUCCACUCUCAUUGUGGACUGCAACAUAACAGACUCAAAGGAGAACACCAACCUGCGAUGCUGGAGGGUCAACAGUACUUUGGUGGACACCUACUACAAUGAAUCCAAACGCAUCAGAGAGGGAAUCGAAACCAAUGUUUCUUUUCUGGAACACAUUUUCUACACGGUAAACAUAACCUUCUUAGAAGUGAAAAUGGAAGAUUACGGACUUCCAUUCAUGUGUCAUGCUGGAGUGUCCACAGCCUACUUUAUGCUAACGCUCCCAGCUCCAGAUUUCCGCGCUUACUUGGUAGGAGGGCUGAUUGCUUUGGCCAUUGUGGUCACAUCUGUUCUAUGCAUCUACAAUUAUUUUAAGAUCGACAUUGUACUUUGGUAUCGGAGUGCCUUCAGUUCUACCAAGGCCAUAGAAGACGGGAAGCUGUAUGAUGCAUAUGUCUUGUACCCCAAGCCUCAAAAAGAAAGCCAGAGGCACGAUGUGGAUACUCUGGUGUUGAAGCUCCUGCCCGAGGUGCUGGAGAGACAGUGCAGAUACAAGUUGUUCAUAUUCGGCAGGGAUGAAUUCCCCGGACAAGCUGUGGCCAAUGUCAUUGAUGAAAACAUUAAGCUGUGCAGGAGGCUGAUCCUCAUUAUAGUCCCCGAGUCGCCCAGCUUUGGUCUGCUAAAGAACAUGUCAGAAGAACAAAUCGCCGUCUACAACGCCCUCAUCCAGCUUGGGAUGAAGGUCAUUCUGAUUGAACUGGAGAAGAUUGAGGACUACACCACCAUGCCAGAGUCAAUUCAGUACAUGAGACAGAAGCACGGGGCCAUCCAGUGGAGGGGGGACCUCACAGAGGCAUCUCAGUGUGCCAAGACCAAGUUCUGGAAAAGAGUGAGAUACCACAUGCCGCCCAAAAGGUUCCCGCCUUCCUCCGGUCCACUCACUGAAGCUCGUACCCUGCAAUUUCCCAGCCAGCAAAUGGAGACCAAAAUGGGGCUCAUCAGCCGCUGACUGAGAAUUGUCCCCUCAUGGUAUCUUGUGGCUGGCCAAGGACGCAUUUCAUUUGGGCUCUCUGCCCCAAAGCUUGCUGUUUUGUGCUGCUUGGUUGGUUUGUUUUGAUCAGACUUAGUUUUUUAGGGAAAGACAUCACUUCUCCCGAGGGCCCGUGAACUUAAUGGGUCCUGGAGACUGGUGAGCUCUCACUGAGCAAGGGAUGGAUGUGGCAUUGCGGCCCCAUGGGAAUGGGAUACAGAGGGCUGUCGAAGUGGAUAUACAGAGUCAGAAAGCUUGACUGUGAGUUCUGAAGUUGGAGCUUGGGUAGUCUAGGGAUGGCGGGAGGGCAGUCAGUGACUUGAGGAAGACUGGCCAGAACCACACUUUGUUUCUCCCCACCCAGUGUCCACAGGGCUCUGCUCCCCAGCAGUAUUUGAGGUGCUGGAAUCCCCCUUACUCGCUCCUCCAGGGCAGGCAGACAGCUGUAACCACAGCUUUGGCCUGGUGUCCCUGGAAGCUACUUUGCCGUCAGCUAGAACAGUGGGAGACCCCCCUGGGGUACCACUAUGAGUGUCCUGUGGUCACCCACCCAGGGAAUCCUGUCCUUUGAAAGACUUUACCUGCUAAACCAAAAUAAGUAAGAUUUUUUUUUUUUUUUUUAAAUCAGAGAAUGAACCCCGGGGGCAGUUAACCACUGAGCCACAUCUCCAGCCAGCCUUUAUUGUUUUUUUUAUUUUGAGACAUGGUCUCACUAAGUUGCUGAGGCUGUCUUUGAACUUGUGAUCCUCUGCCUCAGCCUCCUGAGCUGCUGGGAUUAUAGAUGUGUGUCAUCAUGCCUGGCAAGGAGUAAGAAUUUUUUUUGAUUUUUCCUUUUGGACGCAGGAGGUGGAGUAAUUCUGGUCUGAGGAAAGCAACAUGUGUUUUCCCCUAGUGAGUACGCCCUUCUCAAAGGUUAGUUUAUGAUUUAACGAUUUGCCAAUGAUUUUUAAUACUAAGAAUUAGCUGUCAGGCCUCUUCACUACUUUGCAAAACCUAACUUGAGGACAUUAGUUACAGUUGAACUCUCUCAAGCCAUGUUUGAUGAUCCCAAGAUUUAAACAGUGGCCCGUGUUAAGGAAGAGCUAUCCAGGGCUGGAAGUGAGUCAGCCCAGGGACAGGAGGCCAGGCCCAGCCACAGUGGUCCCACGUGGAAGGAGGACAGGGUGGCCAGGAGGGGGCAGGGUCCCACAGGCCUGUGCCCCUGGAGUGUCUGGUGCAGGUGCUACAGAGCCCUCUCCAUUCUUUUAAUUGACAUUUCAAGGUGAUUUAGCAGGAAGCCCUCAUUCAGUAUUGUUAGUUAACACCUGCUUCUAAAAAAGUUAAUUGUGGCAAAAAUAGAUGAACCUAAAAAUUUACCAUCCUAGUUAUUUUUUAAGUGGAUAUUUCAGUGACAUCAAGCACAUGCCCACUGGCUGUGAGAUUGUCAGCACCACUCACCUCGGAGCCUUUCCAUCUUUGCAGACUGAAAUGGUGUGCCCAACAAAUAAGCACCUCCCCCUCCUCCCCCAGACCCUGGCAACCGCCAGUCUUCUGGUCUGUGAGUCUGACCUCACGGAGGUGCAGUGGAGCAGUAUGCAUCUCCCUGUGGCUGGUUAAUUUCGCAGAGCACAGCGCCCUCCAGGUUCAUCCUGUUCUUACACAGCGCCCCCUGUCGUCUUUCCUCCUUUUAACAUGUUUUCUGCCUAGCGGGGAGAGUGAGAGGAGAGCGUAGACUCUACUUCUGGAAAGUCCUCAAAAGCAAGAAGCUUAUCAAGGGACCUUCUCAUCAGCUGCUUGUCAUUUCUUUCUUUGUUUACCACUCUGACAUGGGAAUUCCUCAUGGAGGAUUUGAAGUACAAUACCUUUUCUCUUUCACCUGUUCCCCAUCCCAUCCCCUCACCCUCUAGGUUUUGGUCUGUCCUGGGAGGUUAUCUGCAAUGCUGGAGAAGCUGGGGACUGCAGGCUGGCUGAGGGCAGCUCACAUUACAGUGCCUGGCUUGGAACCUGGCCACACCAGGCAGCCAGCUUGGAGCAGGAGGCACACAUCUCAGGGAGCAGAAAAAUCUGGACUCCAGUCGGGGAGUGAUCACCAGCUCACGCUUUGUAGAGAAUCUGGGGAAUCCCCCUUGUUCUGAUUUGGAACUCCCCUGUCCUUCCCAGUCAUUUCCUCCAAAAGAGGCAGGAAAGCAGAUGCAGUGUCCUUUUCAGGAAGUAGGGGACAAAUUGGGGUGUGUCCUCUCUAAGGGGCUCCUAGUAUGCCUGUGAAUUUCAGGAAAUGAAUUCUCCAGUGACUACUUAUUUAUUCUGAUGGCAUUCACUGGACCUCAGUUGAGACUGGUUGUAGAAAAGAAAUGCGAACUCAUCAGAAGAAAAAGUAUUUUUGGAAAAACCUCUGAUUUAUGGGAGACCCGGGCCUGUUGGAGAAUUCAAUUCCAGAACUUUACUUUUAGGUCAAAAAGCUACCCCCAUCCCAUAUGUGUUUGAAGUUUCUUUCUGUUUAAAAGUAUUCAAGAUGUAUUAUUAAUUCAAGCUGUAAUAAUCUUAAUGGAUUACACUAGCAUAUUUUAAUAUUACUUUUAUUAAAAUAUAUUUUGUGUCUUA